AAAUUAAUUAGGCAAUUACUAACUAUACUAUCUUUUUUUUAAUCAAAGUGUAAGACUCUUGUCUUCCUUUCUUCUCUUUCUUUAUCCACUCUUGCUCUUCUUUUUAUUCAAAUUUCGUUUUUGAUUUAUCAGGGGACAAACUUAAAGCUCUCUCACGUUAAGAGAUACAACAGGACUCUGGCUGCUGGUGCUUGCUGUUUCUACAUUACUUUGGUUGCAAUGCAGCCAUCUAGUGGAAGGCGUUUUACUUUUCAGACUUCCGUUUAUGAAGAAGCUUGUGGCCGGCUUGUUUUGACCUCCUUUAUUGCUGAAAGACGUCGUCCAGGGACAAUCAUUAAAACGUCGUUGGAAAGAGAAUUCUACCGCAUGGGUAGCUUGCCUGAGUUCCCGCUGGAGAACCCUUUCGAAAACAGAAACCGAUUUUACGUGGUGGAUGAUGAAUCAGAGCUGCGAGCCAAUGACUGGAUUCGUCUGUAUCUGGAACUUUCUGUUGCCAUAUCUGAUAGGACCACCACGGAUCAUGAUCUUUCCGGCUUGAGGAUUGUGUCAGUAGCCAUUCAAACUAUGGAGCCACCCAGUGAGUCCUCUCUCACUGCUAAGAAUGCAACUGUCUACAUAAGGUACAUUGACUUUUGUAAGGCUCGCUGUGGUCAGAACCUUGAUCGCAUAGCUGUAGUUAGAAGAAACCUUCAAUGAGACUACGGGAUGCUUUAGUCUCGACGGUUGGAAUCAAAGCUCAGAUAUCAUACCCAAAAAGAAGGCUACGAGUAGCAAACUUCUGUCCCAGCGUUUAAUUCACAAAUCACGGCAGAUAUGGCGGCGGCGGCGCACAAACCAUGGCGUUGGCUUGGCUCAUCGUCUUCGCAAAACAAGAUCCAUAGAAUCAGCCAUCCGAAAGUAUACCCAAAAAGGGUACGAGUCUGAGCGUGAAACUUCUCUUACGGCGUUUCAGCAUUCCCAAACCAUGGCGGAUAUCUAAACUUUGACGGCGCAAGGCUUACAAAAACCAUGGCGGUUCAAAAUUUGGAUUAGAGAUGAUAUUAUUAAACUUAUUAAUUUGGUAAAAUGUUAAGUGGACUGGUUUCUGUGUGUUGUACGGUUUCCUAAAUGUCUCCACCUUGAAUAGUUUCUGUAUGUAAUAAGAAUUUAUUUUAGAUUUCAGAGUUAUGUAUCACAUGAAAAAGGCACAAACUAUAAAGUAUUUAAGAAUAUGACCAUCUUUUUCUUUUGU